CGUGCAUAAUACAUAUCGAUAAGUAGGCCUACGCAAAUCGAGGUCGGGUUGAAUUGCACGGUGCAAAUUGGUGUAAACUAAUUUCGAACCAGGACCAAAGCCAAUUACUGAUUUGGCAAAAUUUCAUGUUAGAACAUUUCUAUCGAUGUAGGACGUUCACAAGUGAAAGUUUCUACAAAGCACCUUUUGGGCAUGGCUGAGACGGAUCAGGAAUAUCAAAGUGAAUAUAUUUUGAGAGAUUUAUUGCGAAGAACAGUGCAGUGCAGUGGAAGCCAAAAGUCAACACCUUGGCUUUCCAGCUCCAGAUGAGUGUAAAUAGUGAGUGUUGAGUGAGACUGGUCGACUUGUGCACAUAUCGACGAAACAAAAAUUAAAAACUCAUUUUACAAACUAUUAUUUUCAUGAAUAAUAAUACCAUGCCAUCGAUAAAGAGGCCGGGAAAGCCAUUUAGGCCAUCCUCGGCAUCCGCUAGACUUGAAUCCCGAGCUCAGCCAAGUUCAUUUGAGAAUGGACGUCCCGCCACAGCAGCUCCGGGGCUGUACGGCCAGGGAAGGGGGGCAGGCCGGGGAGCUGGCGGGCGUGGAAGUGCGACGAAUGUUGCACCUGCUAAGAAUACCAAAUGGAUGAUGAACCGAAUGGCGGACUUGGACAUUGAUGUCAAAGCUGAACAACCAGCUAGGAGGAUGACUCUUGGAGCUGUGGAUGGUCUGACUGACAAGGACAAAGAACAAGCAGCAAGGGUUCGCCAUUAUGCAACUUCAGCACCUCCUGGGACAUCACUCAAGAUUGAAGAAAAGAUUAACCUUGAUGACCUGCAUGGCCUGAAGAAAUUCUUUGAGGAAGCUGAUGUGGACCAAAGUGGAACCUUGUCACUGGAUGAAUUCAAGACUGUCUUACGAGGUUCACUCAGCCUUAGAACCAAGAAUGAUGAGGAAAUCACAAAUCUCUUCAUGAAAAUAGAUUUCAAUUCAGAAGGAACCAUUGAUUGGGAUGAGUUUUGUACCUACAUGCAGCUUGAGUAUGAGGAGAAGGAGGACGCCUAUCUACGUAAGAAGGAGGUGGACCUCCACACCCCUGCUAUCAUCCUUACCUCGCCCCACAGAGAUCCUGUACUCAGAGUCACCAACAUGAGUGAUGGCACGUGUGUCACAACAAGUCAGGAUGGCACGAUAGCUUUUUGGAGUGGCAAUAUGGAGUUGAAGAGAUGGAAAGCGGUCAUGGUUGAUCAGAACACCACAAGACAGAAGCCUAAAUGGGUAACCGACUUUGUGAUGAUGACACAGUUUAACAAGAUCAUUGUAGGAACAGGUGACCGUGAAAUUCAGUUUUACGAACUCUCCACCUUUGAGCCAUAUUGUCAAGUGACUGGACUGGAGACUACACCUCUCAAACUAACAUACUGUGCUACAGGAUUUGAUGAAUGCUAUCUGAUUUAUGGAGAUAGUGAAGGAUGCAUCAACAUCAUCAUCAUCAAUGGAGUUGGAGAGACACUCAGAACAUGGAAGAAGCUGCCCAAGACGGAAGGCAUUGCCAGCGUGACCCUAGAGAAGGUCGCACAUUCACCUUUGACCCAGUUUGUCCGAUGGAAGGUUCAUGAUGACUGGGUCGGAGAUAUCAAGUACUAUGACGAUAUCCGAUCCAUCAUCUCCUGCUCAAACAGAGAGAACACUGCAUUAGUAAUUGGUUGCACUGUUGGAAGUACCCACGUCGGGUCCAAACUAAAAGACAGCAAGGAACACCUGCCCCGCCCAACAACGGCCGACAGACGGGCCAAGCUCAACCAGAUGCAUUACAGCCACGCCAAGAAACGACUGGACAAUGACGAGACGGUCUUCAAGAUCCACAAGGGGGUGAAGACCUUUGACUUCUGCAAGGAGAAGAACCUGAUAGCGACCGGUGGCAUGGAUCGCAUCCUUAGACUGUGGAAUCCAUAUGUACCAAGCAAGCCCACUGGAAUGCUGAGAGGGCAUAAUGCACCAAUCUUCUCUCUCUUCAUAGCACCAACAGAAAACAGAAUCUACAGUAUAUCUCAGGAUAAAACGAUCAAGGUGUGGGACACAAAGGACCAGGUGUGUAUGCUGACGAUCCGUCCCAAGACCCACAAGAUUCGAGGGGACCUGCAAGCAGCUCACUACAACACGAUCUCAAAGGUGUUUGUUGUAGCUACAGACCAGAUGGCAAUGCUGACACACAGAGUAAAAUCUCUUGAGUUACGAGAAAUCCCGACCACCCACCGGACACCCAUCCUCUGCGCAAGGUACAACAACGAGUUCAAGAAUGUAGUUACAACGUCUGAUGCUUCGGUUGUCAAACUGUGGGACUUUGAGACCGGCCACCUAGUCUUCGAGUUCUCCCAAGCUCACAACAACAACGCCGUCACAGCCAUGUCCUUUGACAACACAGGUCGAAGGUUAAUCACAGGAGGGAGAGAUGGCAGGCUCAAAAUCUGGAACUACAACAAUGGGCAUUGCCUCAAAGUGCUGGAGAAAGCUGAAGGCAACGACGAGGUGACGGAUGUGGUAUACAUCGAGAUGAACAAGAACCGUUACGUGAUCUCUGUAGGAUGGGAUAGGUCCAUCAAUGUCUACACGGACUCAAGUGAAGACUUCAGACACGUACAGAGACCUAUGCCACGAUGGACUGACGAUGAGAAAAAUGGUCACCAGGAAGACAUUCUAUCUGUCUCAGCAUGCCCACCAUCCCUCCUAGCUACAUCAAGCUAUGAUGGAGAGAUCAUCGUCUGGAACCUGGUCUCGGGCUAUGCUUACUCUCACAUACAGAGCACCAAGUACUUUGAUGAUGCUGAUGAAAAAUACAAAGGUGAUGGCGAUGAGAGUAUAUCCAAGGUCCUGUUCAUUCCAUCAAGAAGAACCAACAAAGAAUCAGCCCAACUCGUUGCCAGUGGACCCAGAGGAUGUAUCCAUUUCUGGAAUGUAUACAACAAUGGCCAACUGUAUGGUAGAUUCAACUGUGUAAAGAAGAAAGGAACAUCAGUGAAUUGUAUGCUGCUGUCCACUGAUGAUUUAACUCUCUUCACUGGAGACGCUCUAGGUUUUGUCUCCGUUUGGGACAUUGACCACUACUGCCUUGACCGCCCUGAUAACAUUGAAGAAGCCCCUGAAUUGAUGGGGUCAUGGAGAGGUCAUAUCCAGAGUAUUACAAGCAUGAGCCUUGUUGAAGAGCAUAGUAUUCUAAUCACAUCGUCACUAGACUGCACUGUAAGACUGUGGACAACAGAGGGCCAUUAUGUUGGCACCUUCGGUCAAGAUGAGCCCUGGGACGUCUUCAACCCCAACACCUUCAAACAUCCCAUGGUCCCUUACGACGUCCUGGUUGACCCCCAGAGCAUGCCCAACCACCCCAUCUUUGACCAGAAGUCGUCAUCGUCAAUGUCGGAGUACAUCUGUGAUGAAUCCUUGGAUGAUGGCCAGACCGGCGGGGAAACUGACAUGCUGGAUGAUGGUAGUGGGAGUAGCCAUGGAGACGAGAUUGAAGAGAAGGAAGAGGUGGAGGAGAGAGAGGAUGACAAGAAGAGCGAAUCCACUAGCUACAUCAGCACUCGUGAGAAGUUUGUUUAUGACGACGAUAUGAUAGCUGCAGAACUCAAAAAGAAACCGUUCAAUAGGGGCUCUGGGAAGAGACUUCGACAUGAGAAGCUGAGGUCGAUGCCCAAGGAGAGGGCUGUCACCAGUGCCUAUCAGACCCUCAAGUGCUUUGACCUGGAGGACACGCCCCCUCUCCCGCCCCCUUCCCGAAGCAAAGACAAGACCAGUGAUCCUUUCACAUUCUCAUGAUGAAAAGAUGUGGGUGAAUUUUCACCAAGACAGACCAAGGUCAAAGGUUAUUACAUGAACUUUCACAAAGACAGACCAAGGUCAAAGGUUAUCCCAUGAACUUUAAACAAGACAGACCAAUGUCAAAAGAUUCUCUGUAGAGAAUCUCUUUCUGUGACGUAAGCUGGAAGGUCAAUGUAACCGUUGACUUCCGUAGGAAGGUCAUCUAUGCAUGUUAACCCCUCCAAUACUGCAUGAAAUUUCUCAUCAUUGUAACACAUGUCUAUAUGUGUCAUAGAAUGACACUCAGUAAGUUAGUAUUCAAGGAGUUAAGAGAGAUAGAUUUAUUCACUUUGGCCUUUAAAAUGUUGGUACAUUCUGCACCAAAUGUGGCAUUUACAUUACUGAAGGAGGUAUACCUUGAGUCGACAAUCAAAAUGAUAAUGGUUUUUGUGUUCAAGAUUAGCUUGUAUUAGGCCAAGUAAAGAAUGAUAUUGAAUUCUUGAUAGUGUAUUCAAGAAACAUUAGUGUGAUCAUGAAUUGAAUAUUUAGUAUGUAUUAUGUUAUUAAAGUGGUCAUGUUUUGGGUUUAGGUCUCAUAUGUGGAACCUGCUAAACGUUAUCCGUCCAUCUUUCCGUCCAUGAAAGAAUUUAGUCAGGGUAUUUUACCAACAUCGCUACCACUGCUGUAAUGUAUUUUCAAUUGCACCAUAUUUUGGUGAAGGGGUACAUAGAUCGUUUUCCAGUUCCUGUACCCAAGCAUCAUCACGCAUGCGUCAUAAGUUGGUGAUGCAUGUGGGACAUGGCUGUCAACACGUUGUGACAUGGCAGUAUAAGUAAAUCUGAAUUAAAGUGCAUGGAGUUAGUAACUCAAUGAUUAAUGUCAGUAGAAUAACAUGCCUGUAAAAGCAUGUAACAAUGAACUGAUUUGGGUUCAUGAGGUCAAAAGUCAAAGCCACAUGGUCAUAAUAAUACAAAAUCCUAGAAAAUACAUUUUUAAAGCAGAUUCAGUCAUGAUGCAUCAAUACAGUUUGAAAUUAAAUCAUUUAAAAUGUCAAAAUAAUGUCCCAUAGAAUUAAAUUAGGUUCAAUUUAGAUGAACCUAAAUGACACAUUUAAAGUAAUAAUGCUUCAAGUUGUUCUUUCAAUCUCUGUGAGAAAUUAUUUUUAAGAAGUGGAAUUCUGAAAUGCAUUUUUUUUCUUCUCAUUUCUUUCUUUCUUUCUUUCUUUGUACUUAUAAGAGAUUUUGAUUGACACUAUGCAGCAAACACUGUAGUAAACUGUCUAUCUGAGAUAGUUCACACACUGUUGUUGAUUUUUUAUAUGAUUUUGAUGUGGCCAGGGCCUCUUCUUAUAUAGAGUUGAUAUUUAUGGCAACUUAUUUGCGAUUGAUAUCAACUACAACUAUGUACAUAAGAGACAGGUGACUGUAAACUUGCGAUUGAUUUGGAUCAAGCGCAACUCUUUAUAAGACGAGGCCCGGAUACUGAUAUCUUAUGUACAAUAUCAGUAACAGUCAUUAAUUGUACAUUUAGCAUGAUCCUGUUCAGGUAUUACUCAACAGGCUUUAACCAGUUUGAUGUACUGUAAAUCCAUCUGAUUAUUUCUAGUCAUAAAAAUCAUAUUUUCAUUUUUGUUGCUGCACUUUCACCAAAUAUGAGUAGACUAAAUAUGACUAAAUUUUUAAUAUUUUAUCCUCAUGUGUGUAUUUCAAAUAUUAUUGGUAAAAAAAGAACUUAUUAUUAACAAUAGGAGCACCAUUCCAAAUGUUCUCACAGAAGAUAAAGUAAAAUUAUGAUAAAGUUGAUAGGUUACUGAUAUAAUCAUAGGAAUUAUUUAGUAUUUAUGAAUUGUUUCAUUUUAAUUUUUUAUUCAAAAUAUUAUCGGGACUGUGUAAUAUACGUGUGUCUUUUUUCAAAGUGCUUCGAAUGUUAGUAUCUUUAUCAGUACAAAUUUAUGCACCUUUCUUAAAUCAAUCUAUGCAGAAUUGUUCAUUGAUAAUUACCAUGGCAGCAUGUACAUAUUCUUUGCUAUUGUAUCAUAUUCAGGAAUUGUAAUUUUCAAUUCAUUUCAAAUUUACGUGUCCAGUUAUACUGUAAUGUGAUGUUAUGUAGUUGGUCAAGUGCCUUACUAGAAAUAAACAUAUUUCCUGUAAAUUA